AUGACACUUCUGGUGCUCAGUUGCGCGUACUCUGAUCGCGCUGCGCCUGGCGAGCGCCGGGUCUCUAUCCGGGGAACCGACCAGCAAAUCGGUGAAGCGCUUAUUGCGCUUGGGAAACGGUUCAUGCGUAAGCGUGUCCGUGCGAAGAAGCAACGUCAGCCACCGUCUGCUGAGGGACCUGCUCCCCCUCCUCCUGUCACGCCUGUGCCUGCGUCCCACGCCACUAAGAUGGAUGUCGACCGUGCUCCGCACCGCUCGUCCACUGUGCCCCGUGGCCAGUCUCAGGUGCCCCGUGCCCCCACUGCCGCACGUCCUGCCGCUCAUCCGAGGGCUUCGACUGCCGCCGGCGGGCCAGCUGGGCAUUCGCGACUGUCUUCUCCCCUCUUCCCAUCUACCCUACCCCGUCAGCCCGCCGCCGCCACUACCCAACCUAUACGGGCCCCGGCUUCCACUCUCCCUACUCCCCAGCCUAACCCUACUCCCCUUCGCACCCUCGGUGGCUAUGGGAACUCCGUCGACGUUUACCCGAGUCUCGCAUACCCAAAGCGCCUCUCCCAUGCGGAUGGAUACCAGUGUGGCUUCCACUCCCAUGCAGAUUGA